UCUCCGUGACAUAAUAAACCCUGACACUCGUUCUCCCCCUUCUCAAAACCCAUACAAACCCUCAGCGAAACCCUAACCUAAAACCCUUAAGCCCUGCCAUACCAGUCCAUCAUACUCCUCACUCUUUCUUCUUCAUGACCACCCGCAACACGGUCACCGGAAGCUACCAUGCAAAAGCUCUUGCGCGAAAGCAGCCGCCUUUCCUUCUCCAUUCCUCUUCCUGAACUCCCAAUGACCGCCGCUCUCCGCCUCCGCUACCCCACUGCUUCCACUGCCGGCUACGGCCGUCAAGGAAGUCUCUGGCUUCGGCCUUCCUUCAACUAUCGCUUCUUCCUCGACGUUGGCAGCAGUCGCCUCCUCCGGCGCGUAUGGUCCCCGCUGCUCAGGCAGGCUCGUGAACCGUGCUCGUCAGGGGUUUUUGCUGGAAGUGCGGGGAGGGGAUUUAGAAAUCCUGAGGGUUUAAGGGGUCGGGAGAAGAAAGGGAGCACGGAAGAUGCGGAGGAGGAUUUGAAGUGUACAGAGAAAAUUAGCGAAGAGGCAAACGAGAGGAGUAGCAGGGCUGUACAGCCGCAAAGGAGGCAGAGGAGUGGGAGCUCCGGAGACGCGUUGGUUGCUAGCGUGGACCUUUUGAGCAUCCCGGGGGUUGGUCCAAGGAAUUUGAGGAAGCUGGUGGAUAAGGGAUUUCGUGGUGUUGAUGAGCUUAAACAGUUUUAUAAGGACAAGUAUUAUGGCAAAGCCAGCCAGAAAAUGGUUGAAUUCUUGCAGAGCUCUGUUGGGAUCAUUCACAAAAAUCAUGCAGAAAGUAUAACAUCUUUCAUAAAAGAGAGUGUUGAUGAAGAAUUAAAACAAGAGGAUCUGAACACUGACCUGAAACCUUCGCAGAAGAAAAGAUUGACAUUCUGUGUUGAGGGAAACAUCAGUGUUGGAAAGACAACUUUUCUGCAAAGAAUUGCCAAUGAAACAAUUGAGCUACGGGAUCUUGUAGAGAUAGUGCCAGAGCCCAUCUCUAAAUGGCAGGAUAUUGGUCCAGAUCACUUCAAUAUUCUUGAUGCUUUCUAUUCUGAGCCAAAGAGAUAUGCAUACACUUUCCAGAACUAUGUGUUUGUAACUCGGGUAAUGCAGGAAAGAGAAUCUUCUGGUGGUAUCAAGCCACUAAGGCUGAUGGAAAGAAGCGUUUUCAGUGAUAGAAUGGUAUUUGUUCGAUCUGUUCAUGAAGCAAAUUGGAUGAAUGAGAUGGAGAUAAGCAUCUAUGAUUCAUGGUUUGAUCCUGUUGUCUCAUGCCUGCCUGGACUAAUCCCUGAUGGUUUCAUUUAUUUGAGAGCUAGCCCUGAUACUUGCCACAAAAGAAUGUUGCUGCGAAAAAGGGAAGAGGAGGGUGGUGUGACAUUGGACUAUUUAAGAGACCUGCAUGAGAAACAUGAAAGCUGGUUAUUUCCCUUCCAAAGUGGAAACCUUGGUGUACUUUCUGUUAGUCAAUUGCCCUUCCAUAUUGACAAUUCAUUGCAUCCGGAUAUAAAAGAUCGUGUAUUCUACUUAGAGGGUAAUCAUAUGCACGCGUGUAUUCAGAAGGUUCCUGCUUUGGUACUGGAUUGUGAGCCCAACUUAGAUUUCAGUCGAGAUAUUGAAGCUAAAAGACAGUAUGCGCGGCAAGUUGCAGAAUUCUUUGCUUUUGUGAAAAGAAAGAAAGAGGAGAGUCCUGAGAAGAGCACAAAUGCAGGAUCCAGAAACCAGCAAAUUCUUCUUCCUGGAAAGGAUGGCUUAUGGGUCCCUGAUGGCCCUCCCUUUCCUGAUUCGGCCUUGAAAUCUCUUGAUUUCAGGAGAGCCAUGUCAUCAUUCAUGCCUACUUAGCUGCUUCAAUGUCAAGUAGUGCCCAUAUAAUGAAAGCCUCUCUGCCCCCAAGAACAAGCUUUUGCAGAAGGUAUUGUUGACCUUCGUAUGUACAGUUUUUUCUUCUAUUAGAUGUAAGGAGAUCAGUUGCUAACAGACCAUUGAUGGUGACUUUUGUCUGAUUUGUGUUCCUGAUUUUGGGAAUGUGUUGUAUUGUAAUGUAGAAUGUAAUUACUAGCUUGGUUUUGAGAUUUGGAUCAUCCAACUAACAUAUUUGUAUGCUUAAUUAGUCGUCCAUCAGUUUCUGGUUGUAGUUCUAUUAUUCCAGGCUUAUGAGAGUUGCACUACGCUAGAGAUUUGUUUUGCUUGAA